AUGACGGCAGGCGAGCUAUCCGUUGCGCCCAUUCUUUCGACGCCGGCCGAAAACCUUUUCGAAUAUUCCGUCGCGACAGCCGAGAACGACGCGCAAAUACCACCACGCUCCGACGAUGAACUUUGCGACAUCUACGAGAUCGCCAGAACGGCGAAAGAGAUCCGUGAGGGCAAGUGGAGAAGGAUAGCUCUCCAAUUUCCAGACUCUAUGUUGAAAGAUGCACCGCGGGUUGCCCAAUUACUCGGCCAGGAGCUUGCCUCGCUUCCUAAGCCAGCAGACCACGACCAGUCAAUUCCGCCAGAAAGGAUACAUAUCCUUGCCGACACCUCCUACAGUUCGUGUUGUGUCGACGAGAUCGCUGCUGAACACGUCCAUGCAGAUGUGGUAGUUCAUUACGGACGGUCAUGUUUGUCGCCGACCUGCCGACUGCCUGUCAUCUACGUUUUUACACACCAUCAGCUCGACCACGACCAGGUCCUGUCUGCUUUCGAGUUACAAUACCCCGACAAAGAAGCUUGUGUUGUCUUGAUGGCGGAUGUCACCUACCAAGAUCAUGUCCCUUCUCUCGCAGCCGCUCUCCAUGCCCGCGGCUAUAUCAACCUCCUAUCCACAGCCAUCAUCCAUGACCCAACUGGCACCAUCCCGAACCGCAAACUGGUCUCCCCAGACCCUAGUGGCGAUUCGAAUGCACUAGCGCAACCAACCGUCAACCUUCAGUCCUACUCCGUCUUCCACAUCUCAUCGCCGCCAACGGCUCUCCUCCUCGCGCUUUCAUCCCGCGUUCAAUCCCUCCACAUCUACCCGACCUCCACUUCGACCUCAACAAUUUCUCCCGAUGCCGCACCCCGGCUCCUCGGCCGCCGCUACGCCCGUGUUCUGACCCUUGCCAGCGCCGGCGUCAUCGGAAUUCUGGUCAAUACUCUGUCCGUUGCGAACUACCUAACCGCUGUGGACAAGAUCAGGAAACAGAUCGCUGCGGCAGGCAAGAAGAGCUAUACCGUUGUGGUGGGCAAGUUGAAUGCCGCGAAGCUGGCAAACUUUGCUGAGAUUGAGGGUUGGGUUGUCAUCGGGUGCUGGGAGAGUGCGCUGGUUGAGGAAGAUGGGCCGAUGGGUGCAAGCGGAGGGCUAUUCACGCCGGUUGUGACACCGUUUGAGUUAGAGGUGGCGCUAACGCCGGAUGAUAAACGGGUUUGGGGUGGCGAAUGGUGGGGAGGGAUUGAGAAACUAGGCAAGGCGGAGUCCGAGAAUGACAGUGUAGAGGAUGGGCAGGCAGAUAAAGUUGAUGAGGAUGAAGACGAGUCGGUCCCGCCAGAGUUUGAUCUCCGUACCGGGAAGCUGAUUACUACCAGUCGGCCGAUGCGGGAGAAGACGGUCAAGAGUGCGAAGGGGAUAAGAGAACAAUCGGUAGAAGAGGGUUCGCAGAUAGGAGGAAGCAGUAGUGCGCUUACUCUUCGGGCCAAGGGUGAUGUGACUAGAGUCAAUGGUGUCAUUAGCCCAGGUGCAGAGUAUCUGCGCUCGCAGCGCACAUGGCAGGGUCUGGGCAGUGACUUUACUCCUGACGAGGAGAGCACUGUUGUCGAGGAAGGACGGAGCGGUGUUGCAAGGGGGUAUACGGUUGGUCCCAACAAAGAGAGGAGGUGA